AUGCCGACCUCAACCUACACCAUCGCCAUCGUCGGAGCCAGCGGCAAGCUAGGCCGCCUGAUCACAGAGCACCUCAUCACACAACACCCCGAAAUCCAGAUCCACGCCAUCGCCCGCUCAAAAGACAAAUACUCCCCUGUCGUCCAAACCGCCCCCCAAGUCAAGCUCUUCCAAGCAUCAUCAUCCGACAAAGUCGCCCUCCGAACCGCCCUCUCCGGAACCGACAUCUGCGUCUGCACAUACUUCGGCACCCCAGACCUGAUGCUCCACGGCCAGAAACUCCUCAUCGACAUCUGCAUCGAGGAAUCCAUCCCGCGCUUCAUGGGCUCCGAGUUCACGUUCAACUACCUCGCCAUGCGACCCGGGCAGCAUCCCGCCGAAGAUUGGAUUCUGGAGUAUAGCUCGUACCUUGCGAUGAGAGAGGAGGGGUCCGGUGGUAAGCUGCGCAGUGUUCGGGUUCUCAAUGGGGCGUUUAUGGAGGCUGUGUUUGCGCCGUUCAUGCAGUGGGUCGAUCCGGACUUGAAUACGUUCAAACAUUAUGGGAGUGGGGAGGAGGUGAUUGAGAUGACGGCGAUUGCGGAUGUUGGGGCUUUCGCGGCGGAGGUUGCUGCAGAUGAGCACGCCGUGGGAUGUUUUAACGUCCUCGGUGAUCGCAAGACUAUCCCGGACAUAGCACGGAUAUGGGGUGAUGUAUUUGGCGUCGAGACGAAGGUAGAGUGUCGAGGUUCGCUGGGAGGGCUCGACGCGCAGAUGUGGGCUGCAUAUCAUCGAGAGCCGAACAAUCCAGAAGCGUGGACGGGUCUUUUCUAUAACCAUGCUAUGGCGGAUGGAGCUAUAUACCUGGGCGGAUUGGAUAACGGCCGAAUCCCGAAUGUCAAGGCGGUGGAUUUGCGGGAGUUCUUGCAGCAGGGAAUGCCCGCCCAGCUGUGGUAG